CCCGCCGCAGAGCGCUGCGCUUAAGCGGAGAGCUGCUCUUCUGUGGGACCCCAGUCGCCGAGACUCACACAUGAAUACCACGAUUGGGGGGGUCAAAGAACAGAAUGAAACUUUUUGCCCACUUCUUCGGUUAUCAUCAGAGACAGAAGGGUCCUUAAUCUCCUUGCUCCGUUUACAAGCCCGGUUCGGGUUCUCUGGUAUUCGUUUUUGUUAUUUUGUGUUCGCCUCUAAGUUGCCGUCGCCCGCUCGACAAAGUGGCCGAGAAGCUGGUUUGUUAAAGGUAUACGUUUGUGCGGAAAUCCCACGGUCUGCUAUGGAGGAACUCAACUUCCAAAAUGUGUUUAGACAGUAAUGGUGCUUUGGAUCUGGGGUGUAACGAAUCAUUUGCACGCCUUGUGCCACUGUACCAGGAGCUCGCCUCGAACACUUCCAAUGGGACCUCCGAACAAGAGCCGCUCCCAUCCUUGGACAUCACCAGAGCUGCCACGGUGGGGCUCAUCCUCGGCGCUUUCAUCCUCUUUGCUAUCGUUGGCAACAUUUUGGUGAUCCUUUCCGUGGCGUGCAACAGGCACCUGCAGACCCCGACUAACUACUUCAUCAUCAAUCUGGCCAUCGCGGACCUGCUGCUCAGCACCACCGUGCUGCCGGUGUCCGCCACCAGGGAGAUCAUUGAUUACUGGGUGUUUGGCAGAAUAUUUUGUGACAUCUGGGCUGCGGUGGACGUCCUGUGCUGCACUGCCUCCAUAAUGAGCCUGUGCGUCAUCUCCAUCGACAGAUACAUCGGAGUGCGCUACUCGCUCCAGUACCCCAGCAUCGUGACGGGGAAGAAGGCGCUGCUGGCGCUGCUCGGGGUCUGGAUUCUGUCCAUGGUCAUCUCCAUCGGACCACUGCUGGGAUGGAAGGAGCCGGCCCCGGCCGACGAGACGGAGUGCAACAUCACCGAGGAGCCCUUCUACGCGCUCUUCUCCUCCCUGGGCUCUUUCUACAUCCCCCUCAUUGUGAUCAUCGCCAUGUACUGCCGGGUGUACAUCGUGGCCAAACGGACUACGCGGAACCUGGAAGCAGGGGUGAUGAAGGAGAGAUCGGACUCCAAGGAGUUCACGCUGCGAAUCCAUUACAAAGCCACGCAGGACGACCUCGGGGGCGUCAAUAAAUGCCGAGGCCACCACGCCAGGAGCUCGUUGUCGGUCAAACUCCUCAAGUUUUCCAGGGAGAAGAAGGCCGCCAAGACGCUGGGGAUCGUGGUGGGAAUGUUCAUCCUCUGCUGGCUGCCGUUCUUCAUUGUGCUGCCGCUAGGUUCCUUCUUCACCCAACUCCGAGCGCCGCCCACCAUUUUUAAGGUGAUCUUCUGGCUGGGAUACUUCAACAGUUGUCUGAAUCCCAUCAUCUAUCCGUGUUCAAGCAAGGAGUUCAAGAGGGCCUUCCUGCGCAUCCUCAAGUGCCAGUGUCGCCGUAAGAAGCGCCCCGGCUGGAAGGCCUACAGCUACCGCAGCUGGAACAUCAGCUCCUCCGAGAACUCCAGGAAGGACUCCAUGGACGACAGCUCCAUCUACCUGAACGGCAGCCAGAGGACGUUGUCUUCGGCCAACCCCAGUCCAAGCUACAUGAACAAGAGUCUCCAGCAGAGCCUGGAGUUAAACGCCAUGCCAGACUUUCGAGCCUUCCACAUUGGCCAGGCAGAGGGGUCCCACAAACAGUACCGCUCCCUGAGGGUGGUCAGCGAGUACAAUGGCUUUGUGAUGUCGCGGAGGCCAUCAGAAGACUUGCCGAGGAUCAGGGAGGUUGACGACGCCCUUCCGAAUGGACUGUUCCUGUCGCCAUGUGUAGGUCGGAAUUAGGAAAACCCUCAUGAAGUUUUAGGGGGUGCUGCAUACGGUGGCCAUUUCUGUCCCAUUGGUGCUACUCCUUGACAUUUGCACUUGUGUAUGAUGGGGGUGUUGGGUUUGGAAUAUGCGGGGGCCAAUAUUAAAAUACCACCUCCGGAGAUCACGGCCGCUUGUCAACCUUAAUGGAGAGUUCAUACGUACUGUCAGACACUUUCAGGUGGGACGUCUGAGGACUCCCGCCUUCCCUGCUGUUUUCAUGCCCGCAGUGUGUUACAAUGGACCAACUCUGCAUGGGACCCCCAAUUCCACUCUGCUUCACUGAAGUAGUGGUGUUGGUACAUGCAGGCCCAUAAUGGACGUCAUGAGACGAGACUGAAAGACCACUGGGCAUCUUUAAGUGUGCUGAGAAAUAAAACAAAUCAUGAUAAUGGAGGACGAGUGUGCGUAAAGCUGUCUGCAUUCAUCCACUCUUAUGUCCUUUGGUGCAGUGCAUGCUGGGUCAUAUAAAUCAGCUCUCUUCCAGGUUAGCAGGUGGAAUCUUCUGGAAGGCAGGAGAUGAGGGCCAAACUCAGGAAUGAACAUUUUUUUUUUUUUUAUCAGGGGUCAGUUACAUUUGCAUUUAUUUGCUUAGUCAACGCUUUAAUUUCUAAAAUGACCUACAAAAGUGGUCAACAGAAAUGAGCAGUCAUCAAUCUGGGGGACUGUGUGGCAGCAGAGGUGACAGGACAAGGUGACAAGAUUUGUCAUCACAAGCGAGGAGCUCAGAACAGGGAAGGACACCACACUUCCUUAGUGACCUGCCAAAGUCAUUAAGAGUUAGAAAUUCACAGAACCAGAGGGUCUUCUUAAACACACCAAGGGGGGCAGCAAGGGAGACCACAUGAAAAGAGUCUGGACUGAGAUUUGACGUCUAGUCAUCACCAGCAGACCUGAGUGCUUCAGAAGGAGCAGUGGACCACCCAAGUGUCUCCAUGUGUGACCCAAAGACCACUCUGCAGAUGCGCAUCGAGCUUAAUAUGGGACACAACAUGGAGCCAGUGAAGUGAUCUAAAAAGUGGAGUCAUGUGUGCCCACCAUGGCUGGCUGCAUACCAGACACGCUUGGUGACCUGCCAGCAGUGAGAUGCCAGACAUGACAAGAGCAAAGCCAGGACCAGGACUUGUGCUGCACACUCCGUCAGAUAUGGAGUUGACCGUUGGUCCUUCAAGGAUGGCUGGUCAUUGAUCACCACCUCAAGGUGGCUUACAGACAUGGCGGGUGUUUGUCAUUACGAGGCGAGCUGAACAGAGAUGGGGUGCUGAAUAAACAGACGAGCUGGGAUCACGUAAACGUCCGACAUGUUGAGCGCUGGAGGAGGUGUUUCUUCAUCCAGGGUUCAAGAUCAGCGAGACAUGCAGGGAUUCUGCUGAUACCGUGCUGGCUGAAGACCCAAUGGAGCCCUUGGCGGGGGCAGAGGGCGUAGGUGGGGCCCUCUCGGCGUCCAAACUCUACAUGUCACUAAAACACUAUCAGUUGGUGUCCAUAGUGGGUGGAGGGCAGAGAGGUCUUGAUUUACAUGAACGGCGCCCCUUGUUGUCCGUGGAGCGCAUUCAGUAUUGUUAGACUUUGAGGACCGGGGGGGCUUCCCUUUGGUGUCGGGAGUUCACACCCCUUGAGUUAAAACAAGAACAGGAAUGUAUUUCUUAUGUAGCCCAAAACCACACAAGGAAUGCCUCGGUGGGUUUAACAGGCCCCCAAGAAAACAAGAAAAAUACGGAAGAAAUCUUAACUUUCAGUUACUACAAAUGUUUGUGAUGCACCGUCUGUUGGAAUGACAGAGACAUAACAACUGGAUGGACACACACACUGACAAUUAUCAUUUUAUUAAUGUGUAUUGAGUUAUUAUUGUCACUUGGUUGUGGUGUGGUGCUGCAGCAAGGACACCAGCGUUCACCUCAUGGCUCUUCCCUGUGUGGAAUGUUCUCCCCGUGUCUGAGUGGAUCUUCUCACACACCCCACAGACAUGCGGGUCCGGCAGAUUGGCUGUGCUGAGUUGGCCAUCAUGUGUGUUUGUGUGCUCACCCUGUGAUGGACUGGCGUCCUGUCCAGGUAUUGUUCCUGCCUUGUGCCCGAUGCAUUCUGGGAUCACCUCCAGCCCCCCACGACCCUGUUCAGGAUUAAAUGGGCUUAGAAAAUGGGAUGGUGCUGUCACUUGUACAGAGUCCAGUGAAAUAUUCACAUGUACUCAUUCAUAUGCAACACUCACGACAGCCUGACCUUGAAAUAAUGGUGGAGAGUCUGAGCGCCAUCACUAAUGACAUACCCAAUUACAGCGCCCUCUAGUGUCUGAACUCUGUUAUAAGUUUACAAGGUGCUUAUGAUCACCUGUAGAUCUCCUCUCUUGUGGACGGGCGUCCCAAACACGGCCUUAAAGGUGUGAGGCCUCCAAAUACUAACCAGACCAGGCCUCCUUCACCCCAACGGGGGCCUGAUCCCAGCUCCAGUGGCCUGUCUCAGCUUUAGUAGGCCCAAAAAUAAGUGGCAUUGUCUCAAAAUCUCCCAAGAGUCCCAAAAGAAGAGGGAUGACCAGUAACCCUCUGCUUGUUCACAAAAAGAACAAGAGAAUCUUUAUUAACUCUUUCAGGGCUGAAUAUUUUUACAACAUCCGUCAGGAAUGUGCCGCAGAGCAGCCCCCGGCUACCGGAGCUAAAGGCGGAUCUGGCGAGAGAGCAAAGCGAAUGUGCAAUGUAGAAUAAUCUGUAGACAUCGUUUUGCCUGUUGUUGCUGAACAGGACUCUGACUUAUCGCACUCCGAUUUUGAUGCAAAUGAUCUGGAGAUUAAAAACAAAAGUGAUGCACCAGCGUCAGCUGAUCGUAGUGCUGAAUGCGUUUGUGGACUGUGUGAAGACACUACUAUAUGUCAUUAUAAGUUGACACCAGCCUUGAAAGAGUUAAAAAAGGAUUUAUUUAGAAUGUAGAAAAAUUCAAGCAAAAUGCUUAAUAGGGCAAAAGUAGGCAAAAGGAGUGGCCUAAAUGGAAUAACAGAGCAAAAAUGAAUCAAAAAUAGGAAAAUGCAUGGAAGAAAAAUGGUGAUGGAUCUACAAUCAGGGAAUUCUGGAUACAAACCCAGGGUCCCGUCAUGGCCCACCAUCCCAGCAUAAUACAACACUCGCCUCUUCACACACCAAAAUGAUCAAGUCUCAGCUACAGGGGGAAAUACCAUGCAGCAUUAAACUACUGGGGGUCCACGCACAGCUCUCUGUUGAGUCACCCAGAGGACAGUGGGGGUCUUCAUCCGCUCAAUGUGCUCAGUAAGACUCCCAACAACUACAAUAACUCAACUUCUGACAGGAAUAAAUAGCCAGAAGGAGGAGCCAACAGCCAUGACAUCAUGGAGGCCCCGCCUGCUGGGGCUCCACCCACAAAUUUACAGGGUGUGGAGACACAUUUAAGGAGGCAAAUCACAAAUAACAAAUGAUAAGGGAAACCAGCAGAAGUACAAAAAUAAAUAAAUAAUACCAAAAACAACAAUAAAACAAAAAAAAAAAAUUUAAAUUGACACUCAAGAGUAAAUAAUCCUGUCAAAGAAUAAGUCGCCUUCAUCAUUGUUCAAACCAUGACGGUCAGAAUGCUCAGCCACAUUGUCCAAAUGUCAGUACGCUCCUUAUGUAAUAACCCGCCAGGGCAACAGGGGGCGCUGUCGCUAACACCGUCUUCUCUGCCAAAUUCCUAACAGUCUGCCCAGUGAGGACAAGUAGCUCCACCCCUUCCGGUCCCACCGACAUAAAUCCCGGGAGUCCCAGAAGGAGGCGUCACUUUUGGCCCAUGCAAGCCACAGGACAGAGCUCUCUAACUGGCAGACCACCUUAAAAUCCUUUUUUUCAACACCCGUGAAGGGACCUGCACUGAGACGUGCAACUUAUGGAGUUUUGUUUCUUAUUUUUUUCUUUCUUGUUUGGACAAAUAAAGGGGACAACCCGGCUGGGGUCCCAGAAAUUCUCUCUUCUCCAGCCUGUCAUAACCACACACGUUUAUGUUUUAAAUUUUGUUGGAAGGUUCUCAUUUAUUAUUAAUGCUGCGUCUGUAGGAGGCGCUACAGGCUCUGUGAUCUGGCAUGAAACCAUAAGCCACAAGUGAUCUGUUCAACAUCAACCAUGACAUAACCCGGGACCCCCACUGAGUCUCUCCAAGCACCUGCCUUCACCUUAGCAGGAACAUGGAAACAGAAGCGCUCUGAUGGGACGUUCACUACAGGAGGCGCUAUACAGAUUGCAUUUUAAGGCUCUGUGACUUACCAGGCCUGGUUGUCUGUUCAACGCCCCACUGCCACCCUCUGUGGUCUUCACAUGACAACAGUGAAGCCCACACAGCCAUCUGUCAUCGCUGACCUUCUAACCUGAAAGCUGCAAAGCGCAUACUGUGCCAGAGUUUAGGGCCACUCAGACCCCUCCAUCUUUUCCUGGUCCACUACUGCUGCCCAUGUCCAUUACACACAGAGCUUCUUUCCUCCUGCUGUUCCUGCUUUUCCCAGCUUACUAAUCCCAGGGUGUCCUCUUGGCCUCCACCUCUCCUUCUCCAGAGGAUCCCCUUCAUUCGACA